UGAUAUGGCUCGAACGAUGACAACACAGCUGUGGCUCCUUCUGGUGUGGGGGGCCAAAGUAUGGGCAGCCGGGCCCAGGACUGAGCUUCUCAAUGUCUGCAUGGAUGCCAAGCACCACAAGGAAAGGCCAAGCCCGGAGGACAAGCUGCAUGAGCAGUGCGGUCCCUGGAAGAAGAACGCCUGCUGCUCUGUCAACACCAGCCAGGAAGCCCAUGAGGAUGUCUCCUACCUGUACAGAUUCAACUGGGACCACUGCGGCCCGAUGAAACCCGCCUGCAAGCGCCACUUCAUCCAGGACACCUGCCUGUAUGAGUGCUCCCCCAACCUGGGGCCCUGGAUCCAGGAGGUGAACCAGAGCUGGCGCAGAGAGCGGAUCCUGGACGUGCCCCUGUGCAAAGAGGACUGUGAGAGCUGGUGGGAAGACUGCCGCACCUCCUACACCUGCAAGGGUAACUGGCACAAGGGCUGGAACUGGACCGCAGGAAACUGGGACUGUGUCGCGCCCUUUGACCCGGACGUGGAAGACCCCUGGCUUCGCGGGCGGAGUGGAGCGCACAGCGCCCCUCAGGCCUUGAGAACACAGCUCCGCUCCGCCCUCAGCGCUGAGCAGAGACCGAGCGAAGAGGGUAACAACAUGAAAGAGCUGUCAGGUGGAAAACUGAAGUUUUGGUCGACAACUGAGACAUUUUCUGUGAACAGUUUGGUCAAGAGAACUGAAUUGUUUGAGAUGGGAGAUGAGGUUUGA